AUGUCUAGCCCCUUGCACGUGGACAAGCCCCGGGCUUGCUCCAACUGUUCCCGGGCCAAGGCCAAGUGUGUCUGGCCAGCCACUGAUGACGAGGACGGCGAGCCAGAGACGUGCCAGAGGUGCUUCAAAAAUAGCCUUGUAUGUUCCAGGUCGCACUCUGUGUCAAAGAGAAAGCGAGGAAAGGCGACUCAAUCAAAAGUCAUUGAGCAGAAACUCGACAACAUAAUGGCCCUGCUAAAUCGAGAGCGUAACCAACCAAUCGAACCCCCCUCCUCGCUUCCCAGCAACGGCUUUACAUCUGCCGUGAUACAAACAUCCCAUCAAGACAUGACGUCGGCUCCAUCACUACACUCCCCGGCAUCAUACCCACAACAAGAUGCCUUCAUCAAUAUUGUCCCGGGAUUUCAAGUUUCCUUUACAGAGGCGGGUCAAGUGCUCCAAGAAUACAUGACCGAGAUGCUCCCACAGUUCCCCUUUGUUCCCCUACCCUCUCUCGACGCCUACGAUCUAUACAAACGUAAACCUCUUCUGCUCAAGACCAUAUUGUGGGUAUGCAGGCCUCCUACGCCUGAGGCUUACGCCGCGUUUGAGGACUGGUUUCGUCAGCAUGUCGCCUAUCAAACUGUCGUGCUGAUGAACAAGAGUCUGGAGAUUAUCCAUGCCCUUCUGGUAUUUUUUGCUUGGUAUGGACCCCUCGAUGAUGCGCCAUCUGAAGAGUUCUCCCUCUAUACCCUCUGCAUGAAAGCGCUUUGCUUCUCACAAAACUCAUAUAUUGCUAGGAACGACAUCUUCUUUUACGCAAAUUCCAAGGAUACAAGUCUUCUACAGCUGGCUAUAGGCUUGCUGGCAGACCUAGGACUACAUAAACGCCCUAGCACCACGCACCCAGCGUUUGGAUCAAUCGUUGAUGAUGCAGCUGAUUUGCGGAAUGACCUUCAACCCCAACCGGGACACUCCAGUGAUGAUCGUCGAGCUGCACUGGGUGUUUACUACAUAGCAUCUAUACGAUGUAGUAUUCUUGGGAAACUCUCUGGAGUAGAGUACACGUCGCGUCUCGACGAAUGCACUCGACAAUUGCUGCAGGAUCAAGAAUAUCCAACCGACUUACUCUUAGUCAACCUCGUACAGAUACGGCAAAUCGCGAUCAAGGUGAACGAUGCUUUUGGGAAUACGGGCGAUACACUCGGCGACAAAACUUCUGGGAGCGUUCGCGCAAUAGUCGUUGCCUCGAUACGAAACGAGCUAGAUACAUUUACCAACUCCUUGCCAGAGCAUCUUCAGUCAAAUCACCUCUUACGUAGCCAUUGUGCUGCCGUGCGCAUACGCCUACUGGAGCCUGCUAACCACGGAAAUCGACACGAUCCUCUUGAACCCACCCACCUGAGAUGUCGCGCAAUGUGGGAUUGCCUGGAGAGUACCCAAGCCCUCAUCGACGCAUUCCUCUUGAUCCCAAUCGAAUCCUAUCCUUCCCUCACCUUCGCCUCCAUCCUCAAUCUUGCCCUUGCAAUCAUAAAAGCCUUUAGAUUACUCUGCGUGGAAGAUCAAGCCUGGGACCUGCAUACCGCCCAGACCAUGUAUAACCUCCCGGACAUUCUGCAGAGGCUGAGCAAGCUGUUUGAGGAAGCCAGUCGUAUUGGUAGACCACGGUGUGGCAUAAUGGCUAAUGGUAGACCCCUGUUCUGCGAGUAUGCCGAAUCGUACAAGGGAAUUGAGCAUUGGUACAUGUCCAAGGUGGGUGUGGCUCAUUCCGACUUGAUGGACUCGGUUGUUGCACAUGAUGGGGAUCAGUACAAGGGCUUUGAUUUUUGGAAUCAGCUAUCUGAUUUGACGUAUGGACUUGGGCCCUAG